UUCCAGAGGCAGAAGGGCUUUGAACCGGUCGCAUCUUCACCCCCAGAGGCUGCGUUGGCGGGAAAGACUCCUCCCCUUUGGGGAGAAGUGUGAUACUGAGUGUGAGCGGGCGCAUUUUUGAGCUAGUCGGUUCCCUAAUGGCUGGCGGUUAGCUCUGACAUCCCGCCAAGAAGGAUACCAAUGGAUAUUAUAAAGGGAAACCUAGAUGGGAUUUCAAAACCAGCCUCAAAUUCAAGAACACGUCCUGGGAGCAGAAGUUCAAAUGCAAGUUCUCUGGAGGUGCUCUCACCAGAACCAGGUUCCUUCAAGGUUGAUACUGUAAGCACAUUGAAUUCUGUUAAGGAGGACCACUCAGAAAGCAGUAAUACAGAGGAAGGAAGAUAUAAUAAUGAUGAUAAAGGGGCAAACUACUCUGAGAAAAUAAAACUGGCUAAACAGGGGCCAGUUGAAGAUCUGGACUUGAUUCAACAUCAGAUGACCCCCGAAUGUUCAGAUGAAACCAAAUUAAAAGAAGUAGACUCUCAACUUCAAGAUGCUAUUUAUAAAAUGAACAGACUUGAUAAAAUAUUGGCAAAAAAACAAUACAGAGAAAAAGAAAUUAAGAAGCAAGGUCUAGAAAUGAGAAUAAAGUUGUGGGAAGAACUUAAGUCUGCAAAAAAUAGUGAAGCUUUGCAAAGUAAUGAGGAGUUGGAAAAUACAAAGAAAUUUUUAUCUUUGACUGCUGCAUCUGAAGAAACUGUUGAUCUUUCUCAUCGUGAGGAUGAAGAUAACUUUUUCCCAGUGUUUCACACUCAGAUAUCUCCAGAAGAAUAUGAAAACCAUAUGCAAAAUGCCAAUCAAGAUUUUACCUAUGAUGUGGAAAGAAAUGAGUCAUUGAUCAAAGCAGAAAAGAAACCUUUCUCAAAUACAGAAAAAUUUGAGCUCAGGGGUAAACACAACCACGAUUUUGUUAAGCGAAACAUUGAGUUGGCUAAGAAUUCAAGAAACCCAGUGGUUAUGAUUGACAGAGAGAAGCAAAGACUGGCUGAACUUUUGAAGGACUUAGAUGAUAGAGAUUCGGGACUGUCCAGUUCUGAGGGUGAUCAGUCUGGUUGGCUGGUUCCAGGAGAAGGAUACACAUUUGCAGCCACCCAGCAUCAGCAGCUUGCUGAAAUUGAUACAAAACUCCAAGAACUAGCUGCAGUCCGCCCAAUAAUUCCCAGCUUUUCUCCAAGACUUGAAAAUCAGAAUGAUCAGGAACAUGACCUUCAUGAUAAAAAAAAUACAGAAAUAACUCCAGGAGAAACAGUCCUGCAGAAAAACAAAGAGGAACGGGAUCAGCAAAAUCGACUGAGAGAGAUAGAUGAAAAGCUGAGAAAGAUCAAGGAAAAUGUGUUAGAUUCCACAUCACUUCUCUCUGAGGAACAGUUGAGGUGUCUUCUGGAUGAAUGCACAUUCAAACAACAGUCCAUCAUGAGGCUUUCUUCUGACAGAGAAAAUGAAGAUAUUGAGGACGUAACAUCAGAGUUCCCCAAGCUUUCUAGAUCUAUCCUCUCUAAGUUACUAAAUAGGUCAGAAGCAGAGGUCCAGAAAACUGAGGUAGAGGAUGAAGAUAUGCUUGAGAAUGUAGAAUGUAAAGUUGCUGAACAGUGCUAUCUCACAGAAUCCCUGACUGGGCAUUAUAUAUCAGAAGCUUUUGUAAUUGACACAGAGAAUAUGAAAUGCCUCCAAUUUUCCAAGAAUGAGGCGAUUAGUGAUGCAGAAGACUACUUUAUGUCAAAGACUGUUGGCAUUGGGAGAUUGAAAAGGCCUUCCUUCUUGGAUGAUCCACUGUAUGGUAUCAAUGUGAGCCUUUCAUCAGAAGACCAACAUCUGAAACUGAGUUUUCCUGGGAAACCAACAACAGAUGAACAGGAGACUGAAGAUGUAGUGGAAGAAUGUGAAGAAUCUUAAGCAAGGACCUCCUGGGAUGUGCUCUGAAGAAAGUUGAUAAUGAAGUUAAAGUCUAUUUCUUUCUGAAUUCUUUGAAUUUAAUGAAUGUAUUAUAGAGACUAUUUCUUAAAUAAUGAUUUUGACAUUGGG